GAUGUGGAUGAUGAUGUUUUACCGCGUCCUGGCUGUUCCUCAGCGCCGGCAAUCCCAAACAGCGAGAAGGGAAUGCGCCUUAGAGCCUUUGAGCACGCAGGACACGGUUUUGCGGAGUCUCGCGAAGAGGCAGACACGAGCCUGGAGUGGGUCGAGUCGAAUUGGUUCCAAGCCACCAGUGGCAUCAUCAUUAUGUGCAAUGCUGUGGUCAUUGGCUUGGAGACUGACCUAGAAAGCUGGAUCUGGUUCUGGGUGGAGCACGCACUGCUCGCCUACUUCCUCUUCGAGCUCAUCGUUCGACUCCUUCGUCAUGGCUGCCACUUCUUCCGCCAGGAGGAUGAGUGGGGUUGGAAUGUGUUCGACCUGUCGAUCGUGACUAGCGGUGUUGCCGAUCAGUGGAUCAUGCCCGUUCUCCAUUGGAUGCUGCAGCAUGAUGCCAGCCAACGGAAGCAAGGAAUGGCUUCGGUCUUCAUGGUCUUCCGUAUGGCUCGCCUGCUACGCAUUGUCAGACUUUUCCGCCUGGUGAAGAUUGUGCGGCCGCUCUAUGAACUGGCCCAGUCCAUCAUGGAAGCGCUCCAAGGCAUGUUCUGGGUCUUGGUCUUCAUGAUCCUCACCUUGUAUUCGGUGGCCAUCCUCUGCACACGGCUCAUAGGCCACGGCACCGUCAUCGCCAACGAUGAUGAUCCAGAGAUGCAGGAGAUUAAGGACAUGUUCAGCUCCGUGAGCACAAGCAUGUUCACCCUCUUUGGAACUGUCAGCAGCUGGAGCUUGAUGAAGUUUGUGCCUCUGUUUGAGGAGAUGCCAGUUCUGCAACCGCUCUUUGUGGUUUUCUACAUCUACUCGGCCUGGGCGCUUCUGGCCGUGAUGACAGGUGUUGUCAGUGAGAACAUGAUUGCCAUUCGCGAUCAGAUGCAGAAAGAAGACGAGCAACGGGAGGAGAAGAGGAAGUCCAUGAUCACCAAGGUCCUCAUGGAGCUCUUCCGUGAGGCAGACGUCGACAACAACGGCAUUGUCUCACGACAGGAGUUUGAAGGCAUGCUGAAGUCGCCAGAGCUGGUCAAGAAAAUCACGAAGAACACGCGCAUGAAGGUCCAGGAUCUCAUGGAUCUCUUCGACUGGAUCGACCAUGACAAAGGUGGCACCAUCACCAUCGAUGAGUUCAUGAAUGGAUUCAGGUGGAUCAACGAGCCACUGCGGGCCAAAAGUCUCGUGAAAUUGCAGGAGCGACUUGCUGGCGACCUCAAAGUCUUGGAGAGCACCGUGUCCAGCAUCAUCCAAAAGCGCGUCGAUGAAGUCCAGCGCACCGUCGCCGUCCCGCUGCGGAAGGUCCAUGCGAUUGCAGAGCAGAUGCAGAGUUUGGAUGUCCAACUCGGCAAGAUCAGACCUGUCAUCCAUGAGCGGCUUUCGGCCUUACC